UUUUGUUUUGUUUUUCUCAGUUUUUUUUUCUGGUUCUGUGCUUCAACAUGUCGCGCUGGUUUAAACAGCUCGCAGGGGGCGCUGAUGACGAGCACGACGGCACGGCAGAGCGCAGUGAGCUCGUCCAGUCGCUCGCCAAGGUCAUGCGUCUGCUCCAAUUGACAUUCGCAGUCGAGCAGUCGCGCAUCGCAACGGGAGACAAGCAUCUGAUUCAAUUCUGCACACAGCUCGAACGUGUGUUUCUGCAUGGCAUCAAGGAACAAGGGCUGUUUGACGCAAAACGCGUCGCACAGGCAAAUGCGUGGUGGGAUUUACUCCAGCACAUCUCAAGCAAGCACGCCAUUGAGCGACUCAGCAAGCUCUACAAUGUGCACACGACGAUGGGCAAGUGUCGUGGCUGGAUGCGCUUGGCUCUGAAUGAAUCUACCCUGGAGAGUUACCUCACCGUCCUGCUGCGCGACCAAAAGCUCGUCCGAGAGUACUACGAUUCCUAUGCAGUAAUGCGUAGUGACGAAGACUUGGGCAUCCUAAUCACGUUGGCCGCAGGCCUUUCGUCCGUGUCGUUCUCAGUCAAUGUCGACGAUCUGAGUCUGGACCAGGAGGUCUUUCCAUCUGCUCAAGAGCCACUGGAGGAUAAUAAAAUGCGAGCUCUGGUUAUGCCGUGCUAUGCUGACGACGAGUCUGUCCACGCCCACAAUCACGUCGGUGGAAGGAUUGUGUGCGAGGCUUGCAAUCAAACGCGAAAUACACCCCCGGCCUCGCCGCUCGCUCGCAGCCAACCGGCGGGAAGAGUCGGCGGUGUUUUGUCGCAAUCCCUGUCCGCCUUGUCAUCGAGCUCGGCUGCCCCGGUCGACUCCUCCUCUACUGGAUCCCAGGCAACGCUAACCCGCAAGACAUCAAAGUCUGGUGCGAGCGGGUCCCAUGCAAAAGCAGUUCUUCGCGCUGGCGCAGACGAUGCUCGCACAACCCGCACCGAGUCGGGCACCUCCAUCGACAGCUAUCACUCUGCUGGGACGGAAGAGUCUGCUCCCAGCUCUCGCGACACCAGUCGUUCCAGCUCCUUCCAAGCCCAGCAGCAAGCAGAAGAGAAAGCCCUCAAACCUCCUCGCAAUUUGGCCAGCGAACCUGCCAAGGUGCCAAGCAACCAGUUCCGUUCGGGACCCGUUGUGGCCAACCAGACAAUGUUUGAGGCACUAAUCGACGAGAUUACGCGUGACGCUGAAAACGAGCAGGCUGUUCAAUCCUCGUCCAGCGAAAGUGCAGGUGCGGGCAGCGCCACAUCGACGGAUUCAACGUCGGCUCAAUCAUCCGACCUGCUCUCUCCCGUUGAAACACGGCGAGAGCACUCGUUGACAAUCUCUGUUUUGAAGGAGGCUGAAUACGGAGGCAUUCUUCAAAAGCUCAUCAGCAAGGGGAACGAAGCGCAGUCCACCGUCUCCUCCGUCCCAUUUUCGACCUUUCCAGUGACCACCUCGGCGCCGCUUCCGGUGCAACAGGUCCCUGUCAAAGUUCAGGCCCCAACAACAUCCUCGAAAGGGGCGCCUCCGACUUACAAUCACUCACAGUCCUCAACCUCCACCCGCACUACCGCCUCGCCCUCCGCCAAGCCAAAUGCGCCACCGCCAGCAAUGCGCGGCGCUCCUAUUGUGAUGCACGCGCCGUCGUCCUCGAACAUUGACGACUCUGCACUCCUGGAAGCUCUGGACGACGAUUUCCCCUUCCAUAACUUUGUGCAGCAGCGACUCGGCCACAGCCCAAACAACUCAUCGGGCAUGUUGGCUGCCGCUUCGAGCACCAACGACUCGAGCGCCUCAGAUGUGAGCGGUCGCCAACUCGAGCUAAAUGCAAUCUCAACGGAAGUCUCCCAGCUCGAAGCACGGUUGCGUGCCAACCUCAACUCUCCCUCCCUGCCCGCAGACGAAAAGAAGCAUUUGGUGGAAAAGCUGGUGCAGCUGCGUCUUCGUGAUUGGGAGCUGCGGGAUAGCGAAGCAGCCGCGUCCGCUGCGCUUGCUGAAGAAGAAAUGCAAAACCAGGGCCACCAUUUCAAGGUUGCGAAUUAUUCCGUGCCGACCUUCUGCGAUCAAUGCUCGAGCUUCAUCUGGGGCGUGUAUCGUCAAGGGUACCGUUGUCAAGAAUGCGGCUUGAAUGUCCACAAAAAGUGCAUGGGAGCCAUCGCCUCCGAAUGUCCCAGCCUGGAAGCUGAGCAUGCGUCGUACCAACUGUCCAUUUGCCCGGAAAACGGACUGGAUCAGCAAGAUUACAAGUGCUUUGAAUGCCACCGUCCCAUUGGCUUUAAAGGCCUGUUUGCGGAAGUUCGCACCUGCGACUACAGCGGCAAGUACUAUUGCGACGAGUGUCAUUGGAAUGGGAUGCAAGUGAUCCCCGCUCGUGUCAUCCACAACUGGGACUUUAAGCAGUACAAGGUCAGCAAAACCUCCAAGCAAUUGCUCACUCUUCUUGAGCGCAAACCCAUUCUUCUUGUCGAGCGCGUCAAUCCGAAAUUGUUCAACUACGUCGAAGAGCUUCGGGAUGCCAAGAAAUUGCGCGAGCAACUUUGCAGCAUGCGCGGCUUCAUUGUCACUUGCCGGAAUGCUACCAAAUUGAUUUCGAAGAAAUCGUUGACAGGCCGGAUGCACUUGAUCGAGUCCUCUACGCUUUAUAGUUUGCAAGACUUGCUUGACUUGAAUGCGGGCACGCUGCUGCCACGAUUGGAAAAGUUCCGGGCGACCUUCUUUAAACACAUCACGUCGGUUUGUGAGCUUUGCCAGGCCAAGGGCUUCAUCUGCGAAAGCUGCGAAGACUCGACCGUUCUGUAUCCGUUCCAGCAGGACACUGCCGCCUGUCCCCGGUGCUUCACAGUCAUGCACCGUGCAUGUUACAACCCCGAUCAUUGCCCGAAGUGCGAGCGGAUUGAACGGCGAAAGCAGCAAGAGCAACAGACGCCAAGUAGCAAGUAAACAGCGUGUGAUAACAGUUAAAAAAAACAGCUGGUUGUUCUAUUGUUCAUUAAAACCCAAGCAGUCGCCUCCAAA